CAGAGUCGUUGUUUCGCCUUUUCUCCAUCACCUGCCAACUGGAUUCUUUGCUUUCUCUGAUGCACCUGUCCCUCCUCUUCAUGUCCAAUAUUUUCCAUUCUGUCCUUCCCCAUCUCUAGCCUCCACAUCUUUUUCUCCAUUGCUGUCUUCCUAUCCUGCUGUUGAGUCUCCUCUCUUUCCUUGGGGGCUUGGUCUCCAAUGCCCCUAUGUCUCCUUCCAUGGCCUCUCCACUAUAGCAGGCAGCAGUCUGGUUAUACAGGUUCCAGAUUCAGAGGAGUCUUCAGCUUCCCAGAUACAGCCCGAGAUGAAUUUAUGUUGGAAUGAAAUUAAGAAGAAAUCCCAAAGCCUGCGGGCUCGUCUUGAAGCAUUUUCUGACCCCACUCUCAAGCUUCACCCACCCCUCCAGGAAAUCAUUGAUUGGCUUGGACAGAAGGACGAGGAGCUGUCAGCGCAAUUACCUCUAAGGGGGGAUUUGUCUAGUGUUCAACAAGCCAAAGACAAACAUGUGACUUUCAUGGAAGAGGUGAAGUCACGGGGUCCAUACAUAUACUCAGUUUUGGAGUCUGCUCAGACCUUCCUCACUCAGCACCCUUUUAGUGAUGAAGAAGAGGAUGCCACACAGGGCAAGGAUAGUUCCCCCAGGAGCAAAGCAGAGACUCUCAGCCGAUUACUCUGGAAACAGGCCAGCGUAGCUAGUGAGCUGUGGGACAGACUGACUGCUCGUAGCCUCGACCAACACCGGCACUUGGAGAGAACACUGGAGCAAAUUCAGGAGCUCGGAAUCUCCAUGAAGGAGGCAGGAGACUCUAUAGGACAAGGAGAAAGUGUCCAGGCCUCAUGGGAACCUAUAGGGGAUCUGUUCAUAGACUCCCUGCCAGAUCAUAUUCAGACUACCAAGCUAUUUAAGGAGGAGCUAUCCCCUAUUAAAGACAUGGUCAAGUUGGCAAAUGACCUUGCACACCAGCUAGCACUCUGUGAUGUCCAUUUGUCCAUGGAGAAUGCAAGAGAGCUUGAAAAUAUUAACAGCCGUUGGAAACAGCUGCAGACUUCUGUUGGAGAACGACUCCGGCAACUGCAAGAUGCACACCGUGAUUUUGGACCCGAGUCCCAGCACUUCCUGUCAUCAUCAGUGCAGGUUCCCUGGGAGAGAGCCAUCUCACCCAACAAAGUUCCAUAUUAUAUCAAUCACCAGGCUCAGACCACAUGCUGGGAUCAUCCCAAGAUGACAGAGCUGUAUCAGGCGUUGGGAGAUUUAAACAACAUAAAAUUUUCGGCUUAUCGUACAGCAAUGAAACUUCGCAGGGUGCAGAAAGCUCUUAGACUGGAUCUGGUUACUCUCCCACUCCUGACUCAGAUAUUUACCUGUGAUACUCUGCAAUCACCAGAGCGUAACCUCGAUGUGCUGGAUGUAAUUCGCUGCCUUAGCUCUUUGUAUGAACGUUUGGAAGAAGAGAGAGGACUUCUGGUCAAUGUUCCCUUGUGUGUGGACCUGACACUUAACUGGCUGCUAAAUGUCUUUGAUGGAGCAAGAAAUGGGCGGAUCAGGGUUCUUUCGUUUAAGGCUGGCAUUGUGUCCUUGUGUGACUGUGAUGUGAAGGGAAAGUUGCAAUACCUUUUUUCUCAGGUUGCCAGCCCUGGGAACACUUGUGACCAAAGGCAACUUGGUCUCCUCCUUCACGAAGCCAUUCAGAUCCCUCGCCAGCUGGGAGAGGUUGCAGCCUUUGGAGGAAGUAAUGUGGAGCCAAGCGUUCGGAGCUGCUUCCGAUUUGGUAAUGGGACAGCACACUUAGAGCUCGCUCAGUUUUUGGAAUGGGGUUGCUUGGAGCCUCAGUCUAUGGUGUGGCUCCCAGUUCUACAUCGUGUGACUUUGGCUGAGACCGUCAAACACCAGGCAAAGUGCUCUGUCUGUAAACAGUGUCCGAUGAAAGGUUUCAGGUACCGCAGCCUGAAACAGUUUGGGGUGGAUAUCUGCCAGUCCUGCUUUCUUACAGGCCAAGCGGGGAAAGUGAACAAACUUCACUAUCCAAUAAUGGAAUACUACACACCCACCACCUCUGGGGAGAAGAUGAGGGAUUUUGCUACCACUCUUAAAAAUAAGUUCAGGACCCGACAGUAUUUCAGCCGACACCCUCAGCGUGGCUAUCUCCCCGUGCAGUCUGUGUUAGAAGCUGAAGUGGCCGACACGCCAGCCUCCUCUCCAAUGCUCCCCCACGCUGAUACUCAUUCAAGGAUAGAGCACUUUGCAAGCAGGCUCGCAGAGAUGGAAAGUCAGAAUUGUUCCUUCUUCACAGACAGCCUCUCUCCUGAUGACAGCCUUGAUGAAGAUCAGUAUCUGCUCCGGCAUUCCAGCCCAAUAACAGACCGGGAUCCCAGUAACACACCUCAGAUUCCUGGGAACCUAAACCCAGAGGAGGAACAGGGAGAGCUUGAGAAAAUUCUCGCCCACCUUGAGCAUGAAAACAGAAUCCUUCAGGGUGAACUCAAAAGACUGAAAUGGCAGCACGCAGAAGCUGGAGAGGUUUCAGCGUUGGGGGAGGUAUCUCCAGAUGUAGGGGGCAAUGGUGUGGGAGAAGCACAGAGUGAGGAGCUACUAAGUGAGGCAAGAAUCUUACGGCAUCACAAGAACCGCCUGGAGACUCGCAUGCAGAUACUGGAGGACCAUAACAAGCAGCUUGAGUCUCAGCUACGCAGACUAAGGGAGCUGCUUCUUCAGCCAAACACAGAUGAGGGGAAGCCCUCCUCUUCCUCGUCUUCCCCAGACUCACAAAGCAAGUGUCCAGCAGAAGGGAACGCUGGGACCCCAGACACGGAAGCAGCAGAUGAUGUGGAAAGUCGGACUAGAGAAGUGGGCUUGUGCUUAGAGGACAUCAUGGAGAAGCUCAGAAAUGCCUUUCCCAAUACCACAGAUAGUGACAUUGCUCAUGUGAAAUCCCAUACACUGCCAUUGUGACAGCGGUCUCCUGUAAAGAGUGAUCAUUGGAAAAUAACGGUCACCUUUGAAUAAGAAGGUUCAAAGCAUCUCACUUUUGCAGCCACCAAAAAGGAGAGCCACCAACACGAAUCCACUGCACAAGGGAUAAUCCAACUUGAACUGAUGCAAACACCUGCUUUUCAGUGAUCUCUCCCAUUAUCACCAUAAAAGUAUUUGCUCAUCUAAACAAGAAUGUCUGUGGGCAACAGCCUGGCCUCAGAUUACUAAUAUUAAGCUUAUUAAAAUUGGUACUUAAGCAGCUCAGAUACAUUUACGUAGAACCUGAUAGGCUACCGGUGACAUCAGCUGUGGGCAGGAGAUUGCUAGAAGGGUAAACGCCUCUAUAUAAUAAAUGCAGGGGGUUUAACAGAAUUCCAGUUCCAAGCUAUAUGUUCCUUGUAGACAGUCAGCCCUUCUCUUGACUGGUUUGUGAUAACACAAGGAAUCGAGGGUUAUCCCUUAGCAUACUGCCACCAGUAACACUAGAAACGACUUACGGAUUACGCUGGCCAUAUAUGUAUUGAUGUAUGGUGAAUCUAUUUACCAUGGAUGUCGGUUAGUUCAUCUGGCUGCCCUAAUUAUAAAUCUUAUUUGCUGCCAAAUGUUGCUAUUGACAAAGAAGAUGGCAAAUAGCAUCAGAUCUUACCUAACAUUUUAACAACUCUAAAUUGCCUUUUUUCUUUCACUUGUAAAACUUAUGACUAAUUUUGUUUCUUUUCUGGAGGAAAAUGAGAAAAUGAGUAUGUCUAACUGCAUGUGUGCUUUGUUUCUUUCUGGCUAGGAGUAUAAUGAAGCAGUUUUCUGGAUAUAUAAGUUUUAAAUUGAGUGCACUCCCCACGAGGAAGCAGGACUACUGGGCAUGCAAUAGGAACCUUAGUUCUCCCGUUCAGGAAAUGAAAUAUAUAAUGACAUGCCAGAAUCUUGUAACUAGGAUAAGAAAAACGUUACCCUACUGAAAAACAGCAUUCCCCAUUGGGCAGUAACCCAACUCCUACUGCACAGAUUGUGAGGUAUCAAAAUGGACUGGCUUUACAUUUUGAAGCCCCCUACAUAUAAGCCUUUGGCAAUGUCUCCUAAGUGGAUGUUAAUCAAAAGUGGUGACAGGUGGAUAGGGCUAUUUGACAACCUUUGCAAGCUUUAAUAUAGCAUUGGCUGAAAUGUGGCAUUGCCCGUAGACUAGUGACUGGGCCUUUUGUCCACUAAUGGGAAGACAGUGGGCAAUAAAACAUCCCUGUACAUCUGUCACUACUCCAAAUACUAUUAAAAGUUAAGUGCCCUGCCUGCCAAGUACUGUGAAGCAAUAGACAGACCUCAUAGCCAAACUGCUUAAGUUCCCCAUCACCAUUCAUUUAAUAGUAUUAGGAGCAGUAGCAGACUCACAGGGGGGUUUUGAUGUCUGCUGUCCUCUGGAGGGCAGUGAUGGUCAGAACCCCCCUUGUGCCUUUACCCGGAAAGUCAAUUAAAGACAUACAGAUGUACAUACAAUAGAAUAACAUCUCUGGUUACUUCACAGAUAUCUUACACAAUAAUAAGUUAUCCUGCCCCUAUCAUAGAGUUCAUUGCGUGUAAAUAUGAGGCUACCCCGAAGGUGUUUCAAAUGUAAUUUUGAACUAAAUAUAUUUAAACAUGUAAUUAGGCACUGUAACAUACAUUCUGCAGUGAUAGCAGAGCAGAAUAGAGUUCCAAUAACAUGUUUAAUAUGCUAAUAAUGGGCUAAGAGUGAUAGUUGUAUAAUUUUCAGUAUAGGAGGUGGAGUGCAGUGAGAUGAGCUGAGGUUUAGUAAGGAUUCAUAGAAUAGGUUUCCUGCAAGUGAAUUUAUAGGUAUGGCUACAGUAUGUCAGCAGGGGAUAUAAAACAUAGGCUAUUUAGGUGGGAUGGGGAGGUGUGUACCGCUGGCUGGGGACCAUAGACGCUUGUGUUUAGGUGAGACUGGGGGUUAUGUUGUGGUAUUCUGACUAGCUGCGGAAGAACUCAUUAUAAGCCUAACCAAUAACAAACUCUCUUUGAAAGCCAAUACAGUAUUUUUAAAGAUUAAUAAAGCGGAUUAUCAAAUGCCA